GGAUCAUCUCUAAUCCAUGUUUCUACAGUAACACUAAAACUAUUUUAAUUGUGACGUCGAGGAAGUUAUGACUUCCUUUGUUGCGGGUCAGUGAUCAACAAUACUUAGGUUUCAUAUUAACAAAAAUACUUAUAGCUGUCCUUGUCUGAGCAGGGCAACUAGAUUGCAAUAUGGCUGAUUCAAAUGCUAUAGGUUUUCUGCUGUUCUGUACAUUAAUUUGUACAUUUUGCGAAACACCGGAGGUAAAAGCACAGAACUCAACCACAUCUGUACUUCCCAGUCCAGUCUGGAGCACAAUUCAAAAUUCAGUUUCUCCCUUCGCAACCGUCGCGACAAGCAGUACGCAUGGCACUACACAAAUUGCAUCACAUACCCCAUCGAACCAGUCCUAUUCGCCACAGGUCCCUUCAUCAAGAUAUCUGGUAACAUCAUCUUCCGUGUUUGGGGUCUCCUCAAAUGGAAGCGUUUCCUCUGCACUAAACAAUUCAUCAUCGAGUUCGAUAACAGUUCAGCUUCAAACCUCGAUAGCCGUGACUAAUCGUAGCACAGCAGUGAGUCCUGUUGCUAGUCAUAGUACAAUCAUCAAAUCCAUGGCGAUAAAAAGCUCAGCCAUCAGCACAAAGACUGAACAAAGCACGACCAUGAUUUCAUCUCAAGUGACCAAGGGGAAAACUGCAACUAGUACUCCUUCCAAGUCUCAAUCGACAAGCAGCUCUGUGAUUACAAAGCGGACCCCGACUACAGCGAGUCCCGCAAUCAAAGAUGACCGACUCUCUCUAACAGAACAAAUCUUAAUCGCAUGCCUUGCUGUGUUCUUCUUCGUGUUAAUUGCCAUGGUCGUUCUGGUUAUUCAAAUCGUUCUUCUCAACAAGUCCGUGAACAAAUUAAAAGCCACAAGUCGCCGUUAAAAGCCAGGACAACACUACAACACAGGCAGAUAUUUCCUCUCAGUUUCUUUCUGUCAAAUACGAAUAGGUUUUUGUAAACCGUUUUAUGUCAUGGCGUACAUGGUGUGUAGCUUCCUUAGGAACUGUAAUUGUUUAUAAGGUAGAGCUGAAUAACUUAAAACGGAGGAGAAGAGAAGGGGCACACAAGUAUAUGCAAGCAUAUUCCUCGAGGCAGCUUAAAGUAAUUAUUGAAGUGGGUGAUGGGAGUGGGGGGGGGGGGAAAUCAACCCAAAUUUUGCCUCUCUCCUCGGAUUCCCCCCAUUUUUUCUUCCCCUCUCCCAUUCGAAAUGACGAUGGAUGCCUUAGUGCUUAUUCCGCGCGGGUUGGAAGCCACGUUAUUUCCUCUUGAUAUUCUGAACAUUCUACAAGCUAUGUGUAUGGUAGGUUCACCUUAAAGGAACGAUACUUCAUACAGUGAAAACUUGUUGAAAACUUGUUGUUAGACCAUUCUCUUUUUUUUUUUUUUUUUUUUUUUUUUUUUUUUUUUCACAAAUUCUUAAUGUUCCGCACUAACUGAAUAAGUAAUAAUUUUUAGGAUCCCUGAACACAGUUAAGUGCUUUAACAGUAUUGCACCCUGCACCCUCAUUAUCUUCUAGUAAGAUAAUGUAUCGAAUUAAGGAUAGGUUAAGAUUUAAUAGGGUUGAAAAUGUUUUUCUUUUUUUCUACAUGUGGACACGUUACAUUCAGAGACAUUAGCAAAGGGAUUUUUGUACCCUUUUUUGACUGUCUCUAUGUUUAUGCGCUUCUGUCUCAUCAUAUUUUAUAGCUACCUUGGGUAGACAUUUUCUGCCUUUACUGAGGCUGAUUCUUAGUUUUAUAAGACUUAGGCCACGAGCAGUACUGUGCCGACGUCCCUCGCUCUCAGAUUCUGCGCGGCGCGCCAACAUCAAUUUUUUUUUAAUUAUCUUUUUUCUAGCGCGAGUGACUCCGCCGAAAAGCAAGAACUGCUCGAAGACUAAGUCAGAUUUGCAAGUACGAACUUUUAACUUAUGUUUUAUUUAAAUAUGUUCAAAUUGAUUUAUUUUUAACUAGUUAGCAGAUGACAGGGGUUUGUAAAAGUGUGGAAAAGAAAAAUGAAGUGUUUAUUAAAAGAUUCCUCAUUUUUCGAAAUAGGGC